AUGGCGGCAAUCAAGACAAGCGCUGGUCAGCGUGCCGAGCGUAUCAAGCAGGAGGCAGUAAAGUUAUCGGCAGAGGAGGCCGCUAACCAGAAGGUCCUGCAGCACUACGCCAAGACGGUGUACUUCAAUGACUUGUGGGUGUCCUUCCUGAGCAAGAUGGCGGGUCUUGUAGCGCUCAUGAGCUACAUGGAGGUGCAGCGCAUGCGUCGCAGUCCACGCGGUAUCAGCUUCGUCGUGGGUUUUGAGGCGUUAUCAGUGCUCAUCGGGGCCAGCACGGUGCUCUUCAUUCGGCGAUGGUUUAACCCGCUGUUGGCCUUCAAAGUGGCAUUCGCGUUCUCGCUACUGCAAGGCUUCUGGUAUUUGGCUAGCUACUCGUCGCGUUUCAUGGAGCUCCCGCGCCAGGCAGGAGACUUGCUAGCCGAGCAGAUCCCUUUCGGUCUCAUCUACUUCCUGGUUUGCUGGGUCUCGGACCGAUUCAUGAUGCGCUCACAAGAUAUCGCCAAGCAGACGGCUGAGGAUAUGCGCGCCGUACUCAAGGGAAAGGCAGCCGAGGACCCUGCAUGGGCCGACGUGGUCAAGGUGCCGCAGGAUGACGGCCCGAACCCGAUCGUGAGCAUCGCCUACUCCGCCAACUUCACAGAUGUAAUGGACUGUUUCCGAGGUGUGCUCAAGCUAAACGAGUGCAGCGAGCGUACACUGGCGCUGACCCUGGACGUGAUCGACGCUAAUCCAGCCAACUACACCGUCUGGUACUUCCGUCGACGUGUCUUGGAGGCUCUAGGCUCGGAUCUGCGCGAGGAGCUGCAGUUCACCGCCGAUAUGGCCAUCCAGCACCCUAAGAACUACCAGAUCUGGCACCACCGCCGCGAGAUCUGCACCAUGCUGCAUGACGCCAGCGAAGAGAAGGAGUUCUGCGCUUUGGCUAUCGACGGAGACUCCAAGAACUACCACGCCUGGGCACACCGUCAGUGGGUUGUCAAGACCUUCGGCCUCUGGGACGGAGAGCUCCAGUUCGUGGACAAAAUGUUGCUCGAGGACGUGCGCAACAACUCGGCGUGGAAUCACCGCUGGUUCGUGUUGAACAACUCGUCGGGACUUGCAACUACAGCGGAUCGUCAGCGAGAAAUCGACUAUGCACUGGACAAAAUCUCCAUCGCAGUGCACAACGAGAGUCCGUGGAACUAUCUCCGCGGUCUCGUCCGUGGCCAUGAAGCUGCGUUUGCUGCGCAGCGGCUUUGCUAG